AUGACUACUUCAGACAACGAAAAUACCCCUCCGCGAAUUUCCAUAAACCUCGACGAUAUCAAGGGUCAUGAGGGUGAUUCUUCUCCCGGUGGUGGCACUCCAAAGAGCAGUACAGGGUGGGAUGGAAAGCUGCGAUUAGAAAAGAAGCUGGAACUUGUGAAUCCAGAGGCAUUGUCGGAUCCAGAAUAUUCAGACGAAGAGCAGGUUCUUUCUGGAGAGACUAUUGAGGCGGACGAAGAUCUCCUCGACGACUACCCUCUCGACACGGAAGAAAUAGACUGCGUCCAUGCCCGCGUAUCUUCAGUACCCCUCCUCCGUCUCGAACGAUUCACAGCCGUCGCACGAUUAUGCCUCCGCCAGAAUACAAUCACUGAGAUCGAGGGAUUUUCAUGUCUGGCCGCAACGUUGAAAGAACUGGACCUAUACGACAAUUUGAUUGCACAUAUCCGCGGGUUAGAUGAUUUGACGAAUCUUACCAGUCUGGAUCUCUCGUUCAAUAAGAUCAAGCACAUCAAGAAAGUCAACCAUCUUACAAAUCUAACGGAUAUAUAUUUUGUGCAGAAUAAAAUUGGGAAGAUCGAGAAUCUGGAAGGUCUUACAAAAUUGCGAAAUCUCGAGCUUGCUGCCAACCGAAUUAGAGAGAUUGAGAAUCUAGAAACUUUGACUGGCCUGGAAGAAUUGUGGUUAGGGAAGAACAAGAUUACCCAGAUUUCCAACAUCGACAGUCUCCAGAACCUCAAAAUCUUGAGUAUUCAGUCUAACCGAAUCCGCGGAAUCACCGGUCUGGACAACCUUCCACAUCUUGAAGAAUUAUAUAUCUCUCAUAACGCCCUCACAAGCCUGUCUGGGCUUGAGAAGGUUAUGGGUUUACGGGUGCUAGAUGUCAGCAACAAUCAAAUUACAAGUAUUAAAGGACUCAAGCACCUCGAAGAUUUAGAGGAGGUCUGGGCAAGCUAUAACCAAAUUGGUGAUAUUGCAGAAAUUGAAGAAGAGUUGAAAGAGCGCAAGAAGUUGAACACUGUCUAUUUUGAGGGAAAUCCCUUACAACUCAGAAAUCCAACCUUGUACCGGAACAAGGUCCGCUUGACUUUACCACAAGUCAUGCAGAUUGAUGCCACAUUUGUGAGAGUUUCAUGA